CCCAAGCAAAGCCGGGUUGAAAUGUAGGUGUAGCCUAAUUUGAAUAUGUCCAUCAAAAAGAGGGUGAGUCUAAUAGGCUGAGCGUGAGGCAGGGAUGAUUUCAGCUACUGUCUGGGGGCGCCAGUAACAGUUUCUUCUUGGUCUUUUCUUUUGGAAGGAAAUGGAAUAGGAAAUAUCACAGAGUGCAUGGACGAAUGUUCUAAACCCUAGACGUGAAUAAAGCAGAAGAGGACUUUGCCCUCAUAGACCUUACAGUCUAGUAGGUUACUAUCUCAAAGCAGGUGUUGGCUGAAGACCAUUUACUCAGAUCACUUUCACUUUGGAAGUAGCUGAUAAAUCCCAGUGCAAACCUUCAAGGGAGCAGCAGGCACGGCAAUAUGGACCAGCAAGUGAAGGAAAGGGCAAAGACUUGUGAUGAGAAAGGCCUGGGUAGAAGAGCCUUCAGUGGGGAUAAACCAAAGCCAUCCAAGCCACGGCCAGCCCAGCAAGAACCUCCUGACAUGCUAUGGGACUUAGAAGACGAUGGUGUAUUCUUUGAAACUAGCCAUCUAGUUGUUGGAGAAGAUUCCUUCUCUGACUGUUACAUAGAAUGCAUAAUAAGAGGUGAAUUUUCUGAACCCAUCCUGGAAGAAGACUCCCUGAAGUCCCUUACCUACCUGGAAGAAGGAUCAGAACAAGAGCUUUCUCAACAGGUUCUUACUGCAAGCUCGCUUCUGGAAAAAUCCUUGAAAUCUGGGCAAAAAGGGGCAAAACAAGAACUUUCUCAACAGACUGGUGGAGAGAAUUCACAGCCUGAGUAUUCAGAGUAUGUGACAGGCAAGAAGCUCUCUCCUGGAGGAAUACCCGGCACUCAUGUAUCAGAUCCUAAACAGUUCGUAGAAUUUGCUAGAAAGAAGUCCCCCAAAAAUAAGAAAUGUGACACUCCAGAAAGAAUUGUUUGUCCUCAUAGUGGAUGCACAAAAAAAUUGAAGAAUAGAGCUUCCCUGAGAAAGCACCUCCUCGUUCAUGCUCCUCGACAUCAUGUAUGUGCAGAAUGUGGGAAAGCAUUCAGCGAGGGUGCAAAACUAAAAAGACACUUUCUGGUUCACACUGGAGAGAGGCCAUUUCGGUGCACUUUUGAAGGGUGCGGAAAACGCUUUUCCCUGGACUACAAUUUGCGAACCCACGUACGCAUCCAUACUGGGGAGAAACGUUUUGUGUGUCCCUUUGAAAGCUGUCACAAGAGGUUUGUCCAGUCAAAUAACCUGAAAGUUCACAUCUUAACUCAUGCAAAGACCAACAAAAAUCAGUGAAAGAGAAGACGUAAAUAAUCCUUAAAUAGGAUGAGCAUAUUAACAAAAUAGUGAUCUGGGGACAAAUGUACCUUAUUACUGUCUCCAGGAAGGAACUUUUUCAACCAGUUGCAACCCUGCAUGGUGUGUGUGUGUGUGUGUGUAUAUAUAUACAUAUAUAUAUAUAUAUGUAUAUAUAUACACAUAUAUAUAUAUAUGUAUAUGUAUAUAAUUUUAAUGUUACUACAAUGCUCCUGUAACUUAUAAUACCAUUUUAGAACAUUUUAGAGCAUUUGUUAAAUACUCUAAAUUUCCAACAGGAAGGUUAGUAAUGAAUUUACUUCAAAAGCAUAAUCCUUAAUACAUUAUGAAUUGGAUUACUGGAUAUGGGACUUAUUUUCACAUGCUAUAAAUAUGAAAUUAACGUUUUUAAAAUGUGUAGUUUCCAAUUGUUUAGCUUUCACCUGUUAGGAAUAAACUUCAUGCUACAUGUGAUAAUCCUAGAGAAUGAAAAUUUUGCUGUAGAUUGUCAAGUUAAUGAGUAAACAUUUUUCAAAGUUAA